AACUUCUAAAAACUUCAUCCCUGCAAAUGCAACCAUACACGGCUUAACAGUAACACAAUCCAUAUCUGCUAAGAACAACACUGUACGAUAAAGAAUGAACUAGGAUUAGGGAUUUGUCACUGCAGAGCGUUUCAGAGAACGUCCCAAUUCUCAAAAUUUCUUCUUUUCAGAUGAAAAAUUGAUUUGUUUUAACAAAAUCUGUUCUUGGUUCUGUGGGUAUCUGAAACCAAACCCAAGAUGAACCUUUUACUCCCUCAACACCACAACCUUUCAUUCUCCCAAUGCCCCCUUUUCCACAACCCCAUCAAAACCCUCCAAUUUGUUCCCAAUCCUCCCGCACGUGUGAGCACCGUAAUCCGCAUGGGUGGGGGUCCCCGCACGUACCCGGGUGGCGUGUCGAAGUGGGUGUGGAAGCGGAUGCAGGCGAAGAAGGCGAAGCAGCUACUGAAGGCGCGUCUGUCCAGGGAGCGGCAGAUAUACGAGAUGAGGAAGCGGGCGGAGCUGAAGGCGGCGGUGUCGGAGCUGGAGCGGCCGUGGGAGGUGGUGGAGAGGGCGGCGGCGGCGCCCAAUCUGUUCUCUGUUGGGGCUGAUGAGCAGGUGAAGGUUCUUGCCGACAGGUUUCAGAGGCCUGGUGGGUUUGAUAUGUGGAGUGAGAAGGAUGGGCCUGUGUUGUUUGAGACCCCUGAUGAGUUGCCAUCUGCUAGAUUUUUCCCCAAAGGAGUGGUGCACAGUGUGAAGCCCUAUAGGAGGGUUGAUGGGUAUGGGCUGGUGAAGGAGGGGUAUGAUGAGGAAGAAGGUUUGGUAAAGGGGAAUGCUUUUGAUGAUAAUUUGAGUGAGAAGGAAAAUGGGGGAAAGAAGAUUGAGUUUAGUGGAAAGUUGAGUGAAAAGGGGAAGAAAUUUGAAUUUGGUGCAGGUUGGAGUGAAAAGGGAAAUGGGAAUGGAAAAGGGGUUUUGUUGGAGGAUGUUGAUGGAGAAUUUUCAUCUUUUGAUGUGAAUUAUGGGAGAAAUGGAGUUGAGGGUGAGGGUGAAGGUGAUGUUGGUUUGAGAAGGAAUGGGAAUGGGAAUAGGAGGAGGUUUUUGUCUGAUAAUGUUGGUAGAAAUGGAGUGCAGUCUCAUGGGAGGAAUGGAGUGGAGGGUGAUGGUAGAUUGAGAAGAAAUGGAAAUGGAAGGAGGGUUUUGUCUGAUGAUGUUGGUAGGUCUAACAAUGGAGGGCGAUCUUCUCGUUUGAAUUAUGAGAGGAAUGCAAAUGGAAGGUUUGAUGGUGGAGAGCAUUCUCCUCCCUCUUCAAAUUUUGGGAGGAAUGAAACAAGUUUUGAUGGCAGGUUAAGGAGGAGGGGGAAUGGAAGGAGGGUUUUCUCCAAGGAUGUUGUUGAUGGAUCUAAUGAGUUGCAUUCAGGAGGAGUUGGUUCUGUCAGGAAACAGAGAGGGGGCAAUUCCAUUAGAGGCAGAAGUGGAGGAAAGUUUGCUAACAGGACUUUAGAGUAUGCUUCACCAAGAGGAAGAGGAAGAGGUAGAGGUGCAAGUUCUGAAGUUUAUGAUAUGGGUUUGCAACAAGAUGGGAGUUAUGGGUUCCAGCAGAAGCAUGAGGAACUUGACUCUACAAGUUGUUAGAGCCAUGGAUUCUUAAUCUAAUCAUUCUAGGGGUUCAACAAGUUUUGCUACCAAUUACUGAUGAUUUGUCUAAAAGGGUGCAUGUCAUGUCCUUUUGGAAGUCCUUUCCUAGUGAACUGAAGUGUAUGUCUGAUCUGCUCAUGUGGAAAUUGAAUAUUGGACCACUCAAAUGUCAUUGUGUGAAAGUAUAUCUUGUAUAUAUAUAUUUCAUUUGAAUAUCAAAAGAUAACAUUGAAUUUCUA